AUGUUGUAUGUACACUACAAGUUUACUUCCCAACUGCGCUACAAGACAGUCACUUUCGAUGAGCUGCAUAUCACCAUCAAGGAGCUAAAAAGGACGAUUAUGGGCUGGGAGCGCCUCAGGUCCACAAAAGGUGACCUGCAGAUCACCAAUGAGCAGACUGGUGAAGAAUAUACCGAUGAUGAAGCCCACAUCCGGAAACACUGCUCCGUGAUAGUCCACCGCAUUCCCCCUGGUGGAGUAAAGCCCGCUGACAGGAUGUUCAUUGUGUAUACAACAUUUUUCCGCAGCUGUGGCUGGACCGUCUAG